AUGGUGUCCGAGGGCGCGGAGGACCCCGAGGACAAGGAGCAGGCCCUGCAGGGGUGGCGGGACAUCAUCCUGUCGCAGCGGAGGUGCCCCGGGGACCUGGAGGAGCUGCUGGAGGACCUGGAGUUCAGCAUCCCUGGCUCGUGGAACACCAGGCGGCUGAAGGAGGCCCAGGACGGGGACCUGCCGCCCCGCCCGCCUUCUACCUGGACCUCGUGGCGAGAGGACGCGGCGGGGCCCUGCGAGAGCGAGAGCGACGAGACCAACAGCUCCGUGUCGACCGUGAUCGACCGCCUGUCCCUGUCCUCCUCGACGACCGUCUCGAGGAAUUCGUCGUUCAACACUCCGGCCGACGUCUCCAGGUUCGACCUGGCGCGCGCGCUGAGCCCCUUCGAGCAGCUCGAGAAGGAGCUGGAGACUGAGGCCCGCCCGGAGCCGCAGCAGCCUGUGGCGCCCACCACGGCCCCCCGUGACGAGACCGUGUCGGCUCCGCCCAUCGACCGGAGCACCAAACCCGCCUCCAGCGCCCCCGAGGCUCAGAGCGGGUCCGAGGCGAAGGAGAAGGCCGCGACGCCGCCGCAGAAGAGCAAGCUGAGGCCGUCCAUCAAGGCGUUCUCGUUCAGCCUGAAGGGGCGUCCGUUCUCGUGGCACCAAGGGAAGGCCAGUUCCGAGCGCGAGAGCCGAGCGGCCGGACGCAGCGAGCCGUUCCUGUCGCUCAAGCGGUCGGGCAAGCGUCCAGCGCCUCCCCCGCCCCCGCGCUCCGUCGAGUCGGGAAGCCCCGCCGCCAGCAGCUCCCCCGUCGUCGCCGCCGGCAGCUCCCCGGAGGCGGCCGCCAAGGAGCCGCUGUCCGAGGAGGAGGACAGCGACGACGAGCUCGACUCCGACUCCGACGGUUCCGACAACUACAUCGACCUCGUGGCGGAGGCCGCUAGUCAGGGCGCCGACGACGAGCCCGACGCGCCCUUCAGCAUCUCGUGCGACAAGAGGGAGACCAUAAAGCGGGCGUCGGCGGCGGACGCGCAGCCCAACAUCUCGCCGGAGUACCUCUUGAUCCUGGACUCCCCCGCCGGCGAUGACGUCCUCGACGAAUUCCCCGACAGCGUGAAGGGCAGCGCCGAGGGGGCGGCCGAGGGAGGAGCGCCCCCGCUGUGUGAGGCCAGGAACGAAGCGUGCGGCGCCCCAGAGCAGGACUACAUUGAACUGAUCUCCGUGUCUCCUCAGGGCCAAGGGGCGUCCGCCGGGGACUUGGGAGGGAGUGAAGCGUUGCGGGUACGAGGGCCGCCUCCGACUGCAGUGACGUCGGAGGGGGCGAGUGACGUCGCUGGCGAUUAUCUCAAGGAAGUGCGCGGUUUUGGGAUCUCAGGGCAGACUCGAGCGCGAGAGUCGGUCGAAGGCGAGCAGGAGGAGGUCGCCAGUGACUCAAAAAUAUCGUUAACUCAGAGGGAAAGUGUCGACGCAGCGGAGAGUGGAAAAGUUCGGACGCAACCAGAGGCGUCGAAAAGCCAAGAAAAGUGUGUGUUUGCGCAAUCGGCAUCGACCAACAGUGAGGAAAAGGUUGAAAGACUUAACAGUGAGAUGAGCGCAGAGGUGAGCGACGCCUCUUUGGCGCAGGGGAGUGAGGUGCCCUCCGCCCAAGAGGCGGUAGAGGGAGAGGCGGCGGUCAGGGAAGCGGGAGGGACGAAGGAGGGUGCGGACAAGACAGAGGCGGAGGAGAGCGAGCGAGGGGAGGGGUCCUUGGGCGGCGCAGAGGUCGACGACGCGUUGCCGAGCGACCUGCACGACAGCUUCGGCACGGAGACCGUCUACGAGUUCGAGGACGACGACGGCUACAGCUACGUCACCGACAACGGGUCCGAGUUCUCCGGCGGCUCGUCCGAGGGCUUCCUCACCUGCUCGUCGCCGAAGGUCUCGGCCGAGCUGCCCUCCAGCGACGGCCUGCCCUCGGAGCCCAGCGAGGAGGACGACCUGGGCCUCUACGAGGACCUCUACACCGACUGCUACGCCGUGGAGGACGCCCUCGAGGCCGCCAGGGCCGCGACGCCCGGCCUCGGCAGGAGCCUCGUGCCCGAGAGCCGGAUGCUGCCCAGCGUCCCCGAGGAGGAGAGCGGCGAGCAGGACUCCCGCCCGAGGACCCGACGCCCUCUACGACGACGUGGCGAGCGAGAGCCAGGACGCCGAGGCGCGAGGGCGCGCGCCCCGCCGGGCGCGAGCGCGGAGGGGGGCGCUCUGGCCGAGGCGGCGGGCGGGCGGGCGGCGCUGAGCAAGACCAUCACGCAGUGCUUCAAGGCCAAGCGCCUCCGCCAGGACCUCAGCGACAUCAUCAGGAAGGAGCUGCGCCUCGAAGGGGACGUGUCCGUCGAGGUGGAGGAGGAGGAGGAGGUGGAGUCCCUGGUGGAGUGCGACAACGAGGAAGAGCUCCUCCUCGUGAUGAGGGCGCUCCGCCAGGACCAGCCCGGGGACCAGCUCAGGAAAAGUAGUCAGCAAGGAGUUAAUCGGCUACCGGUUAAUUGA